AUGCGAUCCAGCAGCAGUCACGUUAGUAGUGCUGGAUGGUCUCAAUAUACGUCCGUGUUGAAGCUGUGUCAGUGCCGGUCAAGGCCGUGCCGCACCAAUGCCACACCAGCCGCAGCGCACGAUGAGCGGGAGCAGUCCUCGCGAAACCAGCGGUGCCCUGAGGCACCGCCUCAGCAGCAGCUUAUGCUGACGUCGCCAGAUGUGCCGCAAUAUGUAGCGCAGCACGAGGCGCUGCAGCGGUGGCUGGGGGGCUCCUUCGACGAUUGGGAGGUGCUCGAGAUGCGGGGGGGCGUCAUCAAUGCCUGCUGGCAGGUCAACAGGCUGAAACGUGGCGGCGGCGGCGGGGACGCCGGCGCCGGCCGCUCGCUGAUCGUGAAGCAGGCGCUACCGUACGUCCGGGCAGAGCGCAUGCGCGUGGAGGCCGAGGCCAUGGCCUGGAUGGGGCGCGUCUGCCCCUCGGCGGUGCCCCAGCUGCUGCUGUACGACCCGAUCCACCACGUCCUGGCGAUGCCGCUGGUGGCGCCGCCGCACCGACCGCUGGUGGAGGCCGUGCGGGACGGCGAGGUGUUCCCGGACCUGGCGCCGCAGCUGGCAGCGCUGCUUUCCUCCAUGUUCAGCGCGUCGUCUGCGGAUGUGAUGGGGGCCGAGGCCCACGCGGCCGCGGUCGCAGGCUACGCCAACUCAGACAUUGUGGCGGCUAAUGAGCAGGUCGUGCUUAUCGGCCCAUUUGAGCCCAGCGAUCCCUCCAACUCCUGGCUGCCAGAGCUUGACAAUGCAGUGGCCGCGCUGUGGUGGGCUGGCGCCCCGCUGGGUUGA